CAACAACAACAACAACAACAACAACAACAACAACAACAACAACAACAACAACAACAACAACAACAACAACAACAACAACAACAACAACAACAACAACAACAACAACAACAACAACAACAACAACAACAACAACAACAACAACAACAACAACAACAACAACAACAACAACAACAACAACAACAACAACAACAACAACAACAACAACAACAACAACAACAACAACAACAACAACAACAACAACAACAACAACAACAACAACAACAACAACAACAACAACAACAACAACAACAACAACAACAACAACAACAACAACAACAACAACAACAACAACAACAACAACAACAACAACAAUAA